AUCGCGCUCUUCGAGGCAGUUUGCUGAGGAACUCCAGCAAAAUAGGAUCUGUGUGUUCAGUGAUUUCAUUCGCGAUUAUGGGAAUAAUUGGAUUAUUUGGAAAAGUGGUUUUCACCCUUAUGAUUAUGGCCACACACCAUCCGCCCGCUUUCACGCGGGGGCUUCUGUAUCCCCGAGAUUCGGAGACAAGAGAAGUAAGGUGCUUAGAUGGAAUGUGGAACUUCAUUGCUUCAGAUACUCGACAUCCAGCCAAAGGAAUAGAGGAGAAGUGGUACGAGCGUGAUCUGACUAAAGUAGGACCAACAAUUCAAAUGCCAGUGCCUGCCAGCUAUAACGAUAUCACGACAAACUCUUCACUGAGGGACCACGUCGGAACUGUUUGGUACGAUAGACGGUUCUUUGUACCACAAUCUUGGGCCGAUAAAUCCGUCUGGAUACGGUUUUCUAGUGUUCACUAUGAAGCUAUUGUGUGGAUCAACGGAAAUCGAGCAGUUCGACAUGAAAUCGGACAUUUGCCUUUCGAAGCUGAAAUCACAGAACUUUUGAACUUCGGUCAAGAGAACCGAGUAACCGUUCUCGUUGACAAUGUUCUCAUCCAAACAACUAUUCCACAAGGCAAUGUCCUGGAAGUACCCACCGACUUCGGCAUGAAUCUAGUGCAAACCUACACCUUCGACUUCUUCAACUACGCCGGUAUCCACCGAUCAGUACAUCUCUACACUACCUCAAAAAUCCACAUAGAAGACGUAAUUGUGUCAACGGAUCUCGAUCAAGAUACUGGAAUCAUCAAUUACAAAAUUGUUGCCAAUGACACAGAAGACGACAACCUGAUUGCCUUUAUCCAAAUCUCCGAUGCAGACGACAAUGUUAUUGCUACGAAUACCACCCGUUGCAAUGAACAAGCCUCAAUAGAAAUUCCGGACGUUAAACCUUGGUGGCCUUAUUUGAUGCAUCCUCAGCCAGGGUAUCUCUACAAAAUGGAAGUCUUUCUAUCUACGUCUACGGUGAAGAAUAUAGAUAUCUACCGACUGAAAGUUGGAAUAAGGUCGCUUAGUUGGAACGCAACGUCUUUCCUAAUCAACGGGAAACCCAUCUACUUCCGUGGAUUUGGACGGCAUGAAGAUUCUGAUAUCAGGGGUAAGGGCCUAGAUCUAGCUCUACUGACUCGCGACUACGACCUUCUACGCUGGAUAGGAGCUAAUGCAUAUCGAACCUCUCACUACCCUUACUCAGAAGAAGCCAUGGAGUUUGCUGACGAGAACGGAAUAAUGAUUAUCGAUGAAUGUCCUAGCGUUGACACAGUGAACUACAACGAAGCCCUUCUGACAAAACACAAGUCCUCAAUGGAACAGCUCAUCCAUCGAGACAAGAACCAUCCAAGUGUUAUCAUGUGGUCAAUUGCCAAUGAGCCCCGUACUGCUGAUCUCAUGGCGGACGGCUACUUCGGCCAAGUGGCUAAGUUUACGCGAAUGCUAGACCCUACGCGACCCGUAAGUGCAGCCAUUGCAGUUCCUCUUACAAACGAUCGCGCAGCUCGUCAUAUGGACAUCCUUAUGUUCAAUCGCUACAACGGAUGGUAUUCGAAUCCAGGAGAGCUCAACAUGAUCACAAGUCGAGUUGUAGAAGAAGCAACAGCUUGGCACAUGAAGCACCAAAAACCUGUACUAAUGUCAGAAUACGGAGCGGAUACGGUCGAAGGACUCCAUCUUCUACCACCAUUCGUGUGGACCGAAGACUACCAAGUCGAACUGUUUUCUCGUCACUUCAAGGCCUUUGACAUCCUCAGAUCACGAGGUUUCUUCAUAGGAGAGUUCAUUUGGAACUUUGCUGACUUUAAGACAGCACAAACUGUCACAAGAGUUGGUGGCAACAAGAAAGGUGUCUUCACACGAAGUCGUCAACCAAAAGCCGCAGCUCAUCAUGUACGGAGACGAUACUUCAAACUCGCAAGAGAUUUAGAAGACGCUCCCAUGCCCGAAGAUCUCUUCCCAUACCUCAGCGACACCGGCUCGUCUUGUGGCCAAACACUAAAGGACGAACUAUAAACCAUUUCUCAUAAAUCGCGAAUGACAUUUCUUUAAAAAAAAUGUGUGAUCUGUAUUUUCUAUUACUUUACACACUGACAGUUCUUUAGGUUCAAUAAAUACUAAAAA